AUGCUCAACGUUGGGAAAUAUGUACUGGCGGGUUUGGCGUUGGGAGGAGCACACGCUCGCAGUACUGAUAUUGCUUCAGUUGCAAAUGAGCGCAUGCAUGGCCAUGAAAGUUUCGUUGACAACGAUGGCCACGGUUUCCCAGACAGAGAGACGACCUGGAACACUUUUCAAAUCCAAGAAUUCGCAAAGAAGUACACCCUUGUGACUCCCACACUGCGCGGACAUCCACCCAGCCAUGUCCCACUAGAAAAGGAAGACUAUGCUGCGGCCGCCUAUGUUUCGGACAUGUUGGCGGUGAUUAAAGCGGUUGGCAAAGGCUCGGCUGUCAUUGUGGGACACGAUGUUGGAGGCCUUGUCGUGCAAAAGUUUGCUUCGGCGCAUUCGGACAUGUUGAAGGGCCUCGUUAUGGCCAUCCGAAAUGUUUCCGCUAUAGUGCAGCACAUCUUGAACGAAACAUACCGCGAUCGGAUUGCAGACUAUCUGCACAAAUCUCCUCUCUAUGGGAUGCUUGACUUUUACAACGAAAACUUUCCUGCACCUCCAUAUAGACAGAAUCUCAGUACUGAGGGCUUGACCCAAUCCGCCAUUAUCUGGGGAGAGCUCGAUCCAUAUUUUAGUCCGGCUAUGCUCAAUGGCCUCGAGGCUUGGUUUGACUAUGGAAUUAGAUUAGUCGUAACUCCAGGCGCCGGGCACUGGUCUUUCAGAGACAAGCCUACACGGUUGAACGCGGAGCUAAAGUCUUUUCUCGAUUUCCUUGAAUACUAG